AUGGGGUUAAUCCUCCUAGCUAGUGUGGCAGUCAUGGCCUUGGGGGAUGUGCUAGACGAUGAUAUUGGUUCUAUACCCACAGCCUCCCCCGGCCCUUCUAAUAUUGAGUACGACGCCCCAGAUACCGACCCAGGUACCGAGUCUAUACUACCAUAUUAUCAAUAUUUGAAAGAGUGCGUACGGAAGGUGCCCACAGGUUGCGGGCCACAGAUCUUCGUUUAUUUAUUCAAAGAUGGCCCGGCGAUCGCUAGUCAUUGCUGUGAACAACUGGGAUCGGUUGGAAUCGAUUGCCACAAAUCAUUGACAGCCUAUCUUGUGGCCAUACCCGAGUUCAGUGGCAAAGAAGACCAAAUUAUUUCAAAGGCUACGGAGCUGAUUGAGAAGUGUCCACCACCAAAAAACUGGUCUGCUCCUUCUCCAUCUAUAUGA